CGCAAAUACAAAUGUGCAUUCGAUAGCUGCGGAAAGGCAUUCACCACCAGUGGGCACUUGGCUCGGCAUCAGCGGAUCCACACGGGCGAGAAGAACUUUGCCUGCCAGUAUCCCGGCUGCAACAGCCGGUUCUCGCGCCAGGACAAUAUGAUGCAGCACUAUCGCACCCAU